AUGUUGGCCCUUAGAGUUUUACCUCAUGACAGACCUUCUAGCUGCAAGACUUCUUCCUGCCUUAGACCAUCCGCUGAGGGCAGUCUCAAACGUCUCGUCAAGGGGAAACUUCACUUGUUUGGCUCUUCUCCGUCCUUUCCAGAAACGAGGCUGCCGAUUGUGGCACCACCGACACGCUUGAGCCUGCCCUCGACGAGUCAUGUCACGAUGCGGAGUAAGAAUGUGAACGAGGCUGUAAUUGCCCUCGAACACUUUCCAACCGACUCGGUCUCGAACCAGGUCCUUGCAGGCUGGGGUGACAAUGAUGAGACGGAGAGUAUUCUGCUUUCUGCUCGCAGAGAUUGUCCACUCUGA